GCCGGGCGCUUUCCCCGGAGCUCGGCGGUGCGUGCGAGCGCCCUUUUGCAGCAGCCGCGGCGGCGGUGGUCCGAGGGGGCGGAGAGGAGGGGGCUGCGACCGGCCGGCCAGGGGGCGGCGUCCCCCCUCAAAACCGCCUGCAAAGUGCUCCGGGUGGCAGAAGCAGGCCGCCGGCUCCGUGGAACAAGCCGCUCGCCCCGGGGCUGAGCAAGCGCGCGGGGCUGCCGGGCAGCACCACGGUUGCUUGCGGGCGCCGGUGUCCUCGGCGCGGGGCUGGAGCUCACCAUGCCCCUGAGGGGCCGGGCCACCGGGCACGAGCGGAUCCCCGGCUUGCCCCCGCCUCGACGCGCUCGGAUUAGCUGCAGCUGGCGCCCAGGGAUUUGAAUCUGGACCCCGGGAGGGAGUGCGCCUAGGCCGACCUCGGAGCGGCGGCCCCGUGGCCAACAUGCUUCGCAAAGGGUGCUGUGUGGAAUUGCUGCUGCUGCUGGUAGCUGCGGGGCUGCCCCUGGGUGGCGGCUGCCCACGGGACUGCGUGUGCUACCCAGCGCCCAUGACGGUCAGCUGCCAGGCGCACAACUUUGCGGCCAUCCCGGAGGGCAUCCCCGUGGACAGCGAGCGCGUCUUCCUGCAGAACAACCGCAUUGGUCUCCUCCAGCCCGGCCACUUCAGCCCCGCCAUGGUCACCCUGUGGAUCUACUCGAACAACAUCACCUACAUCCACCCCAGCACCUUCGAGGGCUUCGUGCACCUGGAGGAGCUGGACCUCGGCGACAACCGGCAGCUGCGGACGCUGGCGCCCGAGACCUUCCAGGGCCUGGUGAAGCUUCACGCCCUCUACCUCUACAAGUGUGGGCUCAGCGCCCUACCGGCCGGCAUCUUUGGCGGCCUACACAGCCUGCAGUACCUCUACCUGCAGGACAACCACAUCGAGUACCUCCAGGACGACAUCUUCGUGGACCUGGUCAACCUCAGCCACCUGUUUCUCCACGGCAACAAGCUGUGGAGCCUGGGCCCGGGCACCUUCCGGGGCCUGGUGAACCUGGACCGUCUGCUGCUGCACGAGAACCAGCUGCAGUGGGUCCACCACAAGGCGUUCCACGACCUCCGCAGGCUGACCACCCUCUUCCUCUUCAACAACAGCCUCUCGGAGCUGCAGGGUGACUGCCUGGCCCCGCUGGGGGCCCUGGAGUUUCUCCGGCUCAAUGGCAACCCCUGGGACUGCGGCUGCCGUGCCCGCUCCCUGUGGGAAUGGCUGCAGAGGUUCCGAGGCUCCAGCUCCGCUGUCCCCUGCGUGUCCCCCGGGCUGCGGCACGGCCAGGACCUGAAGCUGCUGAGGGCCGAGGACUUCCGGAACUGCACGGGACCGGCGUCCCCCCACCAGAUCAAGUCACACACGCUCACCACCACCGACAGGGCUGCCCGCAAGGAGCACCACUCACCCCACGGCCCCACCAGGAGCAAGGGCCACCCGCAUGGCCAUCCACCCGGCUCCCGGUCGGGCCACAGGAAGUCGGGCAAGAACUGCACCAGCCACAGGAACCGCAAUCAGAUCUCUAAGGCAGGCGCCGGGAAACAGGCCCCCGAACUGCCAGACUAUGCACCUGACUACCAGCACAAGUUCAGUUUCGACAUCAUGCCCACGGCCCGGCCCAAGAGGAAGGGCAAGUGUGCCCGCAGGACCCCCAUCCGUGCCCCCAGCGGGGUGCAGCAGGCCUCCUCAGCCAGUUCCCUGGGGGCCUCCCUCCUGGCCUGGACACUGGGGCUGGCGGUCUCUCUCCGCUGAGGACCCGGGGAGUCAGCACCCAGCACUGCCACAUGUCCACCAAGGAACAGAAUUUAUUUUCUUCUUUUUUUAACCAGUGGAAGACCUGCUGGGUUUCAGGAAAAGGCUGGUAGAGGCUUCGGCUGCUGUCUGGACGCCUGGACCCUGCCAUGUGGAUUAUAAACCCAAAGUGUACAGCCCUAGGCGGGAGGGGUUGGCGCAUCUCAGCCGGCUGUCCCAGCCAGCCCCGCAGAGCACCCACGGACAGUGUCCACUCCGGCAAGGUGGGAAAAGGCACUCCAAGUGCCCCCUCCACUAGCAACAGUGGGACAGUCGCCCCCAACGGCGGCACCGGGGCUCUGUGGAAUCCUGAUGGUUCGGAGAGGUCCGGAGGGCCCCGUGGUUCCUGGAGAAAGCAGGACGCAGAGAACAAACGAGGCUCGCCCACGAGGCUGGGCAGCCAGCAGUCUGGGCACACAUGAGCAGGUGGCAUCUUGGCUCUUGCCUGAGGCCACUGAGUCACCCUGCCCUGAAUUCUACCCUACUCCACCUUCAGCCCCUCCCUCAGGGGUAAUGCCUCUCAUUCCUAAUGUCUCAGGCAACCCUGGCAGACCCAGGCCCAACUGCUGGGAUCCAAGAACCAAUUACCAAAGGAAAGAUCAUCAGAGGCUGAAAUUUAGAACUUCAUCCCGGGCAAUGAGGUUCUCACAGAAGGUGCAGUUUUAUAACUAUGUCCACUUAUAUAUAUUCACACUCUACAUAUAAAUAUAUAUAUAUACAAAUGCACAGUCCCCUCCCACUCCAUUACCUAACUGUACGUCUUCUCAUGUUUAUAAACUAUACAGAAAACUGUAUUUGCUGAACUAAGGAUUGUACUGGUGAUUUCUAGCAAGAACAAAGUGAUAGAAUUUGUGUCUAGAAUCCCAACCUGGCAAUGAUAGUCUCCAAGGAACCUGGGCUUGCCAAGGGCCUGGGGCAAGGUGUCAGUGGGGACGGUGAGGAAGGGGAGACAGCAAGAGUCAGUUUGGGGGACCAAUAUUCUUAGAUAUUUACAGCAUCACCUUGUUUUCAUAUGCAACACAAGCCUGUCUGCCACCCUGGAGCACCCUGUCACCCCUGCUGUCGUAGCUGUUGGCUUCAGGGUGAGAAGUGAGAAGCAGCUUGUUGUAUGUCAGGGAGCCAGGCCUUGAGGAUGAGCAAGAUGGAGAAGGGGAAGGAAGGGGCUUUGGGUGGAAGCCAGCAGGCCAGGCAGCAUCCGCAGUGUUAGUCCAAAGGGCUGGACCGUGUCGUCAGCCUCGAGUGUGGUCAGUGACGGUCUGGACGGGCCAAGGAGACUCUGGGCUUGAGCCCAGGUCUCCCGCGUGGCUCAGCUGCUGAAUUUUUCCUUGAGGCUCUUUGGUGGGUGACCCAGCAAGGGCCCUGUGUAGGACAGCAGGAGGGAGGUGUCGGGGGGCCUUAGCAGAAGGAGAACGACGAGGGCAUUUCAUGAACCAUCUCAGGCACUUCUGCAUCACGGAAGACCCGGCCCUCCCAGCCAUCCUGGGGAUGCUCAGGGUGCAGGCAGAGGCUCGGGAGGCCGGACUCAGGGGUCAGGAGCAGGGACUGGGGCAGGCAAGCCCGGACAGGGAAGAGGGGCUCCGAUCAAAGCCAGCCAUGCUGCUGGCCGGGAGCCCAGGUGGGCACAAGCUCCUUUGCGCUUUGCACAAACCUGAAUCCCCCACCAGAGAGGAUGUGUGUGAGGAGCCAGGAACACUGAAUCCAAUUAAGAGAGAAAAAUAAUAAUAACAAUAAACGAUCUUGGACAAGAA